CCGCACCUCAGCCGCCCUCUCUCGCCGCAAGUCCUCGAGCAGCGGCUCCCAUGCACCGCGAGGCGCGCAUCUGAGCGCCGCCGCUUCGAGCUGCAGCAGCAUGGCGGCGCCCGCUGCGCUGCUCGGCGCACCGCUGCGCUCGCUCGCCGCUGCCACGCUCACUGCGUACCGCCUCGCGCGGCCUCGCACAGCGGCGCACCUGUGGGCGCCUGCGCCUCGGCUGCACCUGCACACCGCGUCUCUGUCCAUCGCUGCACACGACUCCCAUGACGCGGCCGCUCGUCCCUCCGCAUCUGCGACAGAAGCAGAGCCAGACCUCGAGUCGGAGUGCAUCGCGCCAACCGAUGAGCAGGCCGAGAGAGCGGCGUGCGCAGCGCCGCCCGAGCAGAUCGCAAGUCCUGUACAGCGGCGGCUGUACGCCUUCCGAACGGUCCGCCUGCGCGCGCUGAAGAGUCUCUCGGCGCUUCUGAUGCAUUUCACGAGGCCCGCCGCUCCUCUCCGAGAUCGGCUCGUGAGCUCGUGCGCCGAGCUGGUCGGUCACGAUCCCUCGACGGUACAAGACCUGUACGAGAUUCUGGAGCGCCACAGCGUCACGCCAGAAACAUUCGUCGCUUGGCGCAACGCGGUCUGCUGCGACAACUGGGCCGCCGCGCUCGAAGAGCUGUCGCAGGUGCAAGCGCCGUGCCCUGUCUUCGUUCUCGCACGCAUGGUCCCGCACGCGCACUCGCCGGUGCAGGUCAGCCAGGCCGUGGCGCUCGCGCAGUCUCUGCGGGACUCGACCAAUUCAGAGGCUGCGCUUCGUGUCCUGCGCAUUCUCGCAGAGCGGGCAUUGCUGCACCUGCACUCGCCGCAUCUCGCCAUUCCGCUCACCGAGGCUGUUCUUCGACACUGUGAUCGCUUCAUGGAGACGCACCCGCGCACAAAGUCUUCCACGCCGCAAGACCACGCUCUGUACUUCAAGUCUGUCGUCGAUGCACUGCUGUGGCUCUCCUCUGCACUGACGCGCUUCAACGACGAGCGCUGCCGCGACAGCGCGAGUGCAGUGCUGCACUGGGCGCAGCAGCAAGAGCGCCUGCCCGCACGCACGUCUAGCCACGUCGCACACGUCUUGCUUGACAUGCCUCACGUUCCGAGAAUGCUGGCGGCGCGCCGCGUUCAGCCGCAGUUGCUGGCGCAGGAUAAGCUGCCGCGGCGCUCGGAGCGAUUCCUCACCCUGCCGCUGGCCAAGGAAGCGCUCGACGCCCUGGAUCUCGCACCUCGGCACCACGCCUUGGCUCUGCCAUUGGAGCGUGCUGCGUCAGCAGCGCUCAGAGCAGGCAGCAUGCGCGAAGCGCAGGACUUUGCGAUGCAGGUGAAAGGCCUGCGGCAGCCUCGACAUGCUUCAGAGCAGGAGCAGGCCAGGCAUGCGCGACGGAAGCUUGCGGUCUUCUCGCAGACGUCGCUGAGCAGCGAAGCGUGGGAGACGCUCGAACGCAUGCUCGAGCGCGGCGCCGACCCGGCAUGGAACCCGCUCGCGAGCACCGAGGACGACGCAGUGCUUCCUUCGGGUCCAUCCUCAGACGCACCGCUCGCUGAUCAUCGAAUCUGGCUUUCUAUCGUAGCACUGAGCGCGCGGGAUCCGCAGGUGCAGCCCUGGGAUCUGCUCCAGCUACUGGGCCUCGACCCGCUGCGCGAGCCAAAGCCAGGCAGCAUCCGGCCUCCAGCCAGCCUCCUGCACGAACCCGGCCUCUACGCCGUCCUCGUUCGCAACUUCGAGCUCCGGCCGCAGCCGUUCUUCGAGGAUGCCGAGGCGGUCUGGAACAUCAUGCAGGAGCGCAAGGUGGCGGUCGAUGCCGCCGCGCUCGAAGCAUUCUGUGCUGCACAGCUGCGCGCACGUCGUGUCUCUGGAGCUCUGCGCACGCUGCGCAGGUACACGAGCCGCGGCGCGGGUCGCAUCCAGACGUCGAUACACCUCUUCAACAUCUUCCUCGACGCCACCGUGCGACUGGGUUCAGGCGCGGACGUUUGGCGACUCGUCACGGGUCAUGCGCGGCGUGCACGCCUGUCGUUAGGUGGCAGGACUCUUGUGCUGCUCAUGCGUGCCGCAAGGAAGGAUGCCGAGCUGGGCCAUGCCCACGAUGCGCAAAUGAGCGGCACCGCCCAUCGCAGCUUGAGCCAGAGCGUUGACGAGCCCGACUCGGAGAAGCCCGGGCACUGGGACGGCGUUCCUGCUCCGAUGCGAGCGUGGCAGCUCUUCCGCACACUCCUCCUCUCCCAGCACCCGGAGCUCGCAAGCUGCGAGAGCGCACUCGAGAAGGCAGACGGCGGCGGCUGGUUCUGGCGCCGAGAGAUGCAGCUUCGCCGGGCGGAGCGCUGGCUCUGGGAUCGUCUCUCGCGCCUCACGGCCGGUCCCUCGGCCGACUCUUCGAAGGAGGCACCCCUGGACGACAGCGUUGCCCUGCACCAAUUCUCUCAGCGGCCCAUCGUCUUCAACGACGCCCUCUUCCACGAGUACGUGCGCCUCGUGCAGUUGCUGCGCACGUCCGACGCCGUCUCCGGCAUUCCGGCCUCGCGCCUGCCGGCUCAGGACGAGAUCUUCAGGGUGCUGUCUUGGAUGCGCGCGCUUCACGUCACGCCGCGCCGCAAGACGCUGCGCAUCGUGUGUCUCGAGCUGGCCGAGCACACGCCGCCCGCAGCCAGCGGCGGGCGCGACACCUCCAGUGCCGCUGGGCCCCUACAUGACUGGCUUGCCUCGUGGCUCGGCGAGGAGGCCAUCCCCACCGAGGCGGAAGUGGGCGCAUAUUUCAAGCGACACUCAGACACGAGGCAGCACAGACGAUGACCACUACAAAUACAUGUAUUCUAGCCCGGCAGCGCCUCUACUGGCGAAGCGACGAUGAGGCGGACUGAAGGAGCGUGUCAAGCAGCGAAGCGGUCCGACGCAGCUCGGC